GGGGCGGAGCCGAGCCACUGGACGGCGGUGGGGGCGGGGCAAGCGCGGAAGACCAGGGACGCGCACUGUACCGCGCAGUUAGCGCCGCCUGGCCUGGGGCGGACCCGUUAGGGGUCCCCCAGUUGGUCGUCCCUAUGGGGCUGUGUUUUCCUUGUCCGGGGGAGUCCGCGCCUCCCACUCCUGACCUUGAAGAGAAAAGAGCAAAGCUUGCAGAGGCUGCAGAGAGAAGACAAAAAGAGGCUGCAUCUCGGGGAAUUUUGGAUGUUCAAUCUGUGCAAGAAAAGAGAAAGAAAAAGGAAAAAAUGGAAAAACAAAUUGCUACAUCUGGGCCCCCACCAGAAGGUGGACUUAGGUGGACAGUUUCAUAAAGCAGAACGUGAGUAGAAGAGUCUACUGCCAAUAACUGUUUAUCUGCGAUCAAGUGGACUUCCUCAAUUUAAUUUCUUCUCUUUGAAUAAAUAAAGAUUCAGACUUUGUAAUAUUAUUGCCCUUAAGUGCAAUGCUAAAAAAAACCUUUGAUUUUCAAGCUUAGAAAAUGGCUAGACUUUUCAUUAAAUACUAAUUUUCCUACAUUUGCUCUUCUGCAGUUAGUAGGUGAUUUGCUAUUUUUCUUAGUAGUUAAAAAAUGGAACUAAAUCGUGAAUAUACAUACAUUGCAUGUAAAAAUUUUCCAUACACCUGUAAGAUUAAAAUUCGUAAUUGUAUUUUCAUCCUUUAUAAAAUGAUCUAACUACUUAUAUUUAUGCUGCUUCGCCUUACAUCUGUUUUUAUUUCACUAUGUAUGAAGAUGUUUGAUUAAACUUACGGACUUAGUGCCUUUAAACUGAUCAUCGGGGAAAAUCUUGAAAAAAUAAUUUGAAGGGCUGAUGUGAAGGAGCACUGUAAAUUUUUAUAACUUACUAAGUAAUGAAUAUUCUUAGGCAGAUGUUAAGUUUCUUCUAAUUUUAUGUUUUACAUUUAUGAUAAAGGAUUUUUUUAUUGUUUGCUGAAUUUAAAAUUAUGUAUUAGUGAUACCAUCAGAGGGCAGUGAUUCUAUAUUAGAUUCUGCUCUGUAAAGAUCUUUGUAGUAAUUCGAUGAGUUAAACUAAGAAGCUGGAUGGGUUAUGAGUGGUAAUAUAUUUGUCCAUAUUUCAUAAGUAGUGUUAAUCUUGUCUACUUAAAAAGAGAAUGAUGUAAGAUUUAUACAGAUUUGGAAUUGUCAAGGCAAGUAUGAAUGUAUGAAAAAGAAACAGUAGGUACUGUACUUAAAAAAGGUUUACUUCAGAUGUAAAAAUAUUGAGGUAAUUCUAUAUAAUGCAUGUUCAUAAACCUUUACAUUUUUAUUAGAAAUAUGAAUUUUAUAGCGUUUUUGGUUUCUCCUUCUAUAAUACACUGAAAAUAAUUGCUAUUAGCUAUUAAAGUUGAUAGCUGUUUUUAAAUGGCAAGGCCCCAUGUUGAGCCCUAAAUUAGAAUUUGCAGAUAUUAAGUACCAAUAGAAGUUAUAAGUUAAAUCGACCAAGUCUACUUGCUCUACACAAAGGAAACUGAGCCACUUUCUUCACCUAUCCCUACCACAAGACCUAAGUUAUAUUGUGGUAUAUUGUACAUGUUAAUUUUAAAAACUUUGAACUGUUAUAUAAUACAGGUUUCUUGACUUCUCACUGAAAAAUUAUUUUUCUUAUUAUCAUAUGAAGUAUUCUGUGAAUAUCUAGACAAAACAUACAGUUAGCCUCAAUUUCUUUCUCCUUUAGAGGAUUAGUGCUGUUUUUGUUCAUAAAGGAUAGUGAAAUCAUUGAACUAUAUUUUAGAAUGAAAAUUUUUGAUUUUAUUAAAAUGAUUUUUUUCAAAGGAAAAGGAAUAAUAGCUGAGUGCAUACAGAGCUAGAGCAUAGCAUCCUUGAACUGUGCAAAUCCUUUCUCCCAAUAGCAAGAACAAUUUUGUCUUUAAUACAUCUUAAAGAAUUGGGACUUGGGUUCAUGUAAAUGGCUUACUUCCGUGGAAUUAUGUCCUAUUUCUACCAGCAGUUUAUACUCAAAUUGUCACGCUUAUCUAUUGUUAACUAUUAAUUAUAUUCAGAUGUAUUUCUUUUUGGGAAAAGUGGGACAUAUUCCUUCCAACCAUUGCCUGUCACCAUGAGUGUAAUCAGCUUUCUCCAAAACCACAGGGGUUGUAGGGGCUAAGGAGUGGUACCCAUAUGUUAGGAACAGUGUUAGGAAAGGGCAAGGAAAAAGAUGUGACUGGAUGCCUAAUGAGAAACCAGUAGUGUAUAUAUAUAUAUAUUAUAUUGGUGUGUGUGUGUACAUAUAUAUACACACACACAUAUAUCCAGACAUCUUCCUCACAAAGUAACCAUCAGUUCCUGUGAAAACCUUAUGUCGAAGCCAAUUUCCCAUAGUUAAUAAUUUAGGAGAAAAUUAUAAUGCUUAAAGUGUCACUUAAAACCCCUAACCAAAUUACCAAACUAUAAUUGGAACAGUAAAAUGCAUAUAUGUAACUAUCAUGAUGUAAAAUGCUUAAACCACUGCUGCUUAAUACUAAUCAAACAUGGCUGCUAACGAAAGUUGUGAAUUAUUAUACAGCCCCUCUGUAACAUGCUGCAUGUUUUUUAAAACAUUUCUGUGUUUCUGUUUGUUCCACUGCUGGCAUUUGGAAUGUAAUUUAACAGUUCCCAUACAUGGUUUGGUAUAAAUUCUGUAUUGCCUUUUAGGGAUAUAAAUAGACAUUUUUUUCUAUGUGAAAAUUACUUUUAGCUGUCUCUUUACUAAAAUUGUAUCUUUACUACAUCCUAAA